UUUAAAUUGUAAAAAAGCCGAUAAAUAUUACAUAAACCCAUAUUCAUUAUUACUUCUUAUCUACUACACUCCACACUUCUUCUUCUUUGAACUCGCAGCACCAAUGGCCACUUUAGAAUCAGCCAUAACCGUUUUCGCACCUCACCGUUUUUCAAACAACUACCGUUUCCUCGCUAAAUCACCUAAUUCCGUUAAACUCCAAGUCACUUCUAUCUCUUCUUCCAUUUUCUCCCAUAGCCACAACAAACUUCACUUAUCUUCUUUCAGAACCCAAACACCAUGCUUCGCUUUACAAGAGGUAACAGAAGCAACAAUUGAAGAUGAAAAAACAGAGGAAACGGAGACAUUAAACUACUUUAAGAACAAGUUUGCUGUGUUUAACUUACCUUGGUCACUGUCCGCGCAAGACAUCAAAGAACUCUUCGCGGGAUGCGGAACCGUAACCAGCAUCAAGAUUAUAAAAGGAAAAAAUGGGAGGGGAAAAGGUUAUGCAUUUCUUACUAUGGAUUCUGAAGAAGGGGCUCAGGCUGCUGUUGAACAAUUUAAUGGUCGUGAAAUAUCAGGCCGGAUAAUAAGGGUAGAGUUUGUAAAGAUGUUCAAGAAACCUUCUCCUCCAGUCCCUCCUCCAAGUCCGGCUCCUAGGGAAGCAGCUCAUGUAGUUUAUGUAUCCAACCUUGCGUGGAAGGCAAGACCUACACAUCUUAGAGACAUCUUCACUGAGAAUUUCAAAGCGCCAGUUUCAGCCAGGGUUGUCUUUCAAACCUCUGCUGGGGGAUCUGCUGGGUAUGGAUUUGUUUCUUAUCAUACAGAGGAGGAAGUACAGGCUGCCAUUUCAGCUUUGGAAGGGAAGGAGUUACAGGGACGACCACUUCGCUUAAGAAUAAGUAAAAAGAAAGUUAAAGCUGAGAAUGAAGGUGAAAAACAAGAUGCCGAUGCUCAACUGGAAGGUGAAAACCAAAAUGCCGAUGCUCAACUAGAAGGUGAAAACCAAGAUGCUGAUACUCAACUGGAAGAAUCAUAAAUACUAAUUUUUCAUGUACUAAUUUUUGGACAUGGUUACGGUAUGUGGAUCGAGAAGUAACCUCUUCAUGCUGGGAUUUUACCUCUGCAUGUAUACUACACAAAGGACGAUUUCUUGCAUCCACAUUCUUUUUGAACUAGGUUGAGUUUGACACAUCUUUAAAUUCUGGGUUAUUUUCAAUAUAGUUUUCCGAAUAAAUCUCAAGUCUGAUUUUCCUUUU